CUUUGACGGAACACAUUUGGCUCAGACCCUAAAGAAUAUCCAGAAACCGGAGACCUCCACACAGCUUGAAUAUCACCAACACAGUGCUUUGAACACCAACAGAAGACGUUCUGCUGGACAUGAUACCUCCCAAGAUGUUUCCUUUGCUGCUACUUGUAAGUCUGAGUGAGAUGGCAGAUCUUUCUUACAGUUUAAACCAAACAUUGUUUACAUUAACACAACCGAUGGACCUUAAUAGUACUACCGGAAAACCUUGCCAUUGUUCCAAGCCAUGUACUAACCUAACUCUGUCCAACAGCAGUCUGGAUAUGAUUCCUGAAUGUCUGCCUAGAGAAGUAGAGGUCUUAGAUUUGAGCUUUAACAACCUUACUGUAAUCAGGGAAGAGGACACUUCUGAACUCUCCCAGCUACAUGCGCUGAAUCUGAAACACAACCAAAUAAGCAAGAUUGACUUUGGAAGUAAUGUUCUGCCUAAUCUCGAGUUCCUGGACCUCAGCAAUAACCGCUUAUCAGUUGUACCAGAGUGUGUUAUGCUGAAGAAAAUCAAAUGGCUGUCUCUUGCACACAAUCCAAUAUCAGAAAUCCAGCCGUAUGCCUUCACUUGUUUUCCAAAUUUGGUGUUUCUUAAUUUAUCUUUCACUUUGCUUGGGAAUAACACUUCUGAGAACAUCAGUCAUUUGGCAUUUGCCCUGAAUGUGACAGUGACCCAGGAGAACGCUCUAAAGUCUCUCAACACACUUGACCUAAGUGGGACAUUCUUCAGAAAAGUUGACCAGGAAUGGAGUAAAGACAUAUCGCACCUGAAAGAGCUUCAUAUUACGAGAAUGGCCAAUUUGGAGAAUUUGGAUGGCCUCGUGAACGCGUUUCCUCAACUGGAAAUACUAAACUGUGCGGAUUCUAAAGCUCUGAGCUCUGUUUCGGAUGCAAUGUUUGAAAAGGCGCCUAAUCUGAAAUACGUUGAUUUCCAAAACUGUAAUCUGACCACCUUAUCCCCUUGGAGCGUAACCUCGGGUCAUUUGGAUAUUGAUCUCCGGGGUAAUCCCCUCAACUGUAAUUGUGAACUUUCUUGGCUGCUUUCAGGCGAUGUAAACGUAACUCUGAUCAGAGCAAAUGAAACCUUAUGCAGCAAUUUCCAAGGCGACAUGCCCCCUCCGUCACUUUUGUAUCUAUUUCAAGGUAACCAAUGUCAGCUAAAAACUACAGAUAUCACACGUAAUGAAGCCACAACUGAAACCAGCGGAAAUAUCAGCGUUGGCGGGUCCAACAUGGCCACGUCCACAGAACCUGAUCUCCAAACACCACACACAGGUUCCUCGGAGACUAGUACUUCUGGUCAGGUGUUAAAAGAUGAUCUAUCCUUUGUUGAAACUAUCACCGUUUUCAAGACUUCUGCUACGGACUCUGAUUCUGCAGCCUCCAUGAUUAGUAUAGACUUAUUUGCUGAUGUCACGCCGACAACCAGCUCAAGCAUUUCACAAACGGCUCAAGAAAGCCAUGCCUUGUCUGUUAAUGAUAUUAUAACGUCAACCGCUGGAACGGAGAAUGCUAUAUUUCCAGUCACCCCUUUUCCAAAGCUCUUACGUAUAGAUAGUACUGUAACGGCUGGAAAAGUAAGUCAACCAUCGUCAACUGCAAUUACAGAAAAGAAGAUCACUCCUCUGCCUGAAAUACCUUCUGACUACAUGCAUGAAUAUGAAGAUGAAGAAGCUAUAGAACAAACAACAACGGCCACGACACCGAUGGUACCUUGUGAUUACGAUCAUUGUAGACAUCUUCAAAAACCUUGCUUUGAACUUCAGCAGGGUGCAGAAUGCUCGUGUCCUGGCCUAACGGGGGAAAACGUUAUUCCAGAUCCACCAAGCCUUCAUGAAGUGUCCCAGAUAACAGACACAUCAGUACAGGUCCACUGGUGCGCACCAAACUCUGUAGUAGAAAAGUACCAACUUGUGUAUUAUGUGAAAGGUAGCAAGAACCAGGCGGUUAUCGAUAACAUAGAUGUUACGACGAGGCAAUAUACCCUAUACAAUCUGUCAGCAGAUACAACGUAUCAUAUAUGUGCUGUUACGGCUAAUAAGGCGGGGGCCAGUAUUCCGGAGAAUGAUAACUUGACUAGAUUUCCGUGUGCAGAAAUCAAAACCAAGCCAAGUUAUGUUAUUAUACUGGCUGUAUUAAGUGCACUGAUUGGAUUAUUUUUAGCCGUCAUCAUUGUACUGUCACUGUGCUUAUAUAAGACAUGCAAAAAUAGCUUGGGCAAUCAAUAUGAUACCCACCUUGUUUCCUAUAAAAACCCCGCAUUUGAUUUCCAAUUAAACAUUCCAUCGUAUAACUAAAAUUGGUAAAACGCUACGUGAUCAUCAUUCCAUUAGUUUAUUCAAUUUCAUGGGUGAAUCGUACCGGCUUACUAGCUCAUAAUGAAUGGCUGAUUUUUGUAGAAAUUAAAAGUUCUAGAACAAU